AUGAGGCUGGCAGAGGCCAUUCACACUCUGCCCCCGCACCGCCUCGCCGAGAUCGUGAGCAUAGUCGCUCGUAGUGUUGAGCCACGGGAGGAGAUUGAAAUCGACAUCGACCUUCUGUCGCAAGAUGUGCUGCUUGAAAUUAAGCGUGUUGUCGAUGACGAGAAAAUCAGUACCGAGCCGGCGAGUCGUGGCGCCACAGACUAG